ACUACAAGUGCACUACAGCAACAUGCUUACCCUGUACCAGUACUGAGCCACAUCCUCGCUUCGCUCCAGGGAGGCCGAAUCUUCGCUAAGUUAGACCUCGCCCAGGCUUACCAGCAGCUACCGGUAGACGACACUACCGCAGAAGCACAAACAAUCGUCACACACAGAGGUGCAUUCCGAGUGCACCGCUUGCAGUUUGGGGUAAGCGUAGCACCAGGGUUGUUCCAAAGUAUUAUGGAACAAACACUGAAGAACAUUCCCGGCGUCUGCCCGUAUUUUGAUGACAUCCUGAUCGCGGGGGAAUCAGCGGCAGUCCUGGCGGAACGUCUCCGUGCAGUACUCCAACGUUUCCGCAAGGCAGGCCUAAACCUCAAGAAGGAAAAGUGCCAGAUCGGCAUGGAAUCCACAGAAUUCUUGGGUUUCCACAUCGAUGCUGCCAGAAUCCACCCAUCUGACACAAAGCUAAAGGCAAUUCAGCAAGGCCCCACACCAAAAUCCAAGGGGGAGCUACAAUCAUUCCUGGGCUUGCUCAAUUUUUACCACUCCUUCUUACCACAUAAGGCUGCCCUGGCAGAACCGCUACACCGCCUACUGGAGAAAAAAAAUGCCCUGGGGCUGGUCGCGCACCCAAGACAAAGCGUUCAAGGCGGAGCUAAGAGCCACCCAUGGGCACAGUUCCAGCGCAAAUCUGCUCAUCUGUUCCGCAGUUCCACCUACAGCCAGGUUUCAGCCACCUUGACUUCUGCCAGUGGUGGGCCAGACGUGAGAGGGUUCCCGUCCUUCAUCGGGGCUGAAAGUAAUGGCAGCGAUAGUAAUACAUGGUUGGAGCUGGUGCCUAUUGUUGCAGUCAGUGUUCGCCUCUUCACUGCAAAUGGCACAGAUGUCCAGCUUUCUGGUUCAGUCCACCUCUCCAUCCCACUGUCAUCCAACACCGCUGCAGCAAGUACCAGUGUGCCAGCCUGGCACUUUGACCUCAAGAGUGGGCUGUGGAUCCAGAAUGGAACCGGACUCAUCCACAAGGAAGGGAAUCAGCUUUAUUGGACAUUUGUCUCUCCACAGCUGGGCUAUUGGGCAGCUGCUAUGCUGUCUCCUGCAUCAGGCCUGGCAACCUCAGCAGGAAUUAAAGAUAUUGCCACCUACCAUACUAUCUUUCUACUUACAAUCUUGGGUGCCCUGGCAUUGCUGGUCCUAAUUUUGCUCUGCCUGCUUAUCUACUACUGCAGGAGACUGUGUCUGAAGCCACAUCGACAACAUAGAAAGUGUCAGCCUUCUGGGGCUCUGGACGCAUCCAAGAAAGAUCAGACUACAUCAGUGUCCCAGAUUAAUCUUAUAUGCACUAGCCAUAUGGAGACAGCUUCAUCCAGUGGAGACAUAGACGUGCAUACAUCCAUCCUCAAAUCAGCCUUCUCCUCCUCCAGGGAGUUUGAGAGUUCCCAUGAGAAAUUCUUCAAGCAAGUGCCAAACCAGAAGAUUCAUCAUGCUAGCAAAGCCUCCACAGCAGACACACUGAGCCAGCAAGGUGGUCUCAAGGAUGACUAUCCUCAAGUAGUGGAAGGUUGUUCAUUGAAGGCAGCCCGGUCCAUGGAUGCCCCUGGCACACUGGAACCCCCCCUCUUGAAAGAUUACAAGCCUAACUAUUCACAUCAGUGGGUGAAAGACAAGAGCAAAGAGACACAGUGCAAACAAGCACACAAUGAUAGCAAGCCUUAUUUACAGGAGCUUACAUCACCACCACCUCUUCCAGCUCCUUUUGACCUUUAUAUGGCCCAUAAAGGGGAUGCCAAACAUCCUGACUUCAUGAUGUCACAGUCUGUAGACUGUAUGGCCCGUCCCACCUCCCUAAGUCAACCUGGACAGCUAAUAUUCUGUGGUUCUAUUGACCAUAUGAAGGAUGCAAUGUACCGAAAUGUCAUUCCAACCCUCGUAAUUCCUGCCCACUAUAUGUGCCUGGCUCCAACAGAGCAGACUACUGGGGGCUCUGAAAAUCAACCAGAUAUGGACCCAACUGCCAUGGGACUCCCUCACCAGUUUGGUACCCAGGAACAACAGAGGCAGCAGCAGCUCCUCAGACAGCAGCUGCAACAUUCACAGUUCCAACUACGGCAACAUGAAGUGGAAGACCCAGAGGGGAAGGUUUGGGGACCACACACACAAUCUGUCAGUGGUUCAGUCACCAUACCAGUGUUGUUGAACGAAUCCACUAUGGCCCAACUGAAUGGGGAGCUACAGGCACUGAGUGAGAAGAAGUUGCUGGAACUGGGUGUGAAGCCACAUCCACAAGCCUGGUUUGUAUCUCUGGAUGGGCGUUCUUCUCAAGUCCGUCAUUCUUACAUUGAUCUCCAGAGUACUGAGAGGAAUCACAGAAAUGAUGCCAGUUUGGACUCAGGUUUGGAUGUCAAUGGAGUCAAGCCCACCAAGCGCCUGAAGGAGGAGCGCAUGGCUCCAGCCAUGGGUCCAACAUACUCUAAGCUGGUCUUUGCUGAUGGUGACACAGAGCAAAGCAGCAGUGAGAUCCACACCGCCAUUUGUUCUCCUGAGGACAAUUCACUGACCCCUCUGCUGGAUGAAAACACUGACCAGCAUGCUGCUACAAUUCCUUGUCAUGGGCGCAGCCGUGGCAACAGCUCUUACAGCAGCAACAUUGAACUGCGCUGUGAGUCAGUGACCAGCCCAGAGGGUGACAGCAAUGAACCUUCUGAAGGAACUGAUGACCAGGGAGACAAGAAGAGUCCGUGGCAGAAACGUGAGGAACGGCCUCUCAUGGUCUUCAAUGUAAAGUAG